GUUAUCAAACUAUCACCAACAGAACGCAGAGCCCCUCUAGGCAAUGUGGUGCACGUGCUUUACCUGCCACACUGUCACUUACCUGGCAGGGCAUCUGCAGCCAGCAGUGCAGAGGGAGAGAGGGGGAGAGCAGCAAUCAUCCAUUUGCCAUAUUCGGACCUGAGCAGGAAUGAGAGAGAAGUGAGAACCACUCACCACCUGCCUUUGACUCCAAUAACAAAGCCUUGCUGUCACAUGGAGGUUACGCAGGCUGGCAGAAGAUUCGCUGCCCUGCAAGAGGUUGUGACUGUGGAUUGGUGGUCGGUGGGGAGGGAGUGGUUUUUUUGGGGGGAGGUGGCCCCCACCUUCUCUCCAGCGCGUUAUUGCGCACUGCUCAUAGUAUUGGAUGCACCGAUGCUAGUCUGGCAGGAACUAUGCUAUGUCCUGAGCGCAUCUGCCAGUCCAAGGGCGCAGCACGGGGCUUAGCUGGGAUGCGAGCAACGAGGCGCUGAGAGUGUAGGGAGUCCUAGGAGAGUAUCACCAGAGGCUGCAGAUAGCCAGGUGGUGGCUCGGCGAGGCGGAGAGCCCGCUGUAAGUGGCUGAAGUGCUCUAUAAGAGUAGCCGUGCUCUCUGAUUCCGUACUGUACGAACUAGCGAGACCCUGGGCAUCGCUUAGGAGGUGGAUGCUCUAUUUAUAUUUCCUGCGAGAAGCAGAAGGCAGAAGCUUUGGAAGCCAAGCGGACGUUUAGGCAUUUGAGUGCUCCUUUGGAUCUCCGAGUGCUCAGCGACUAGCGAUGUGGGUGCUGGAGCUGGUACUGGGGUUGGCAUGGCUUGCAGGGCUGGCGAGCUGUCAGAACGAAACGGAACCUAUUCUGCUGGAGGGCAAGUGCUUGGUGGUCUGUGACUCCAACCCGACUGCUGACCCCACCGGGACCGCUCUGGGGAUCUCCGUGCGCUCUGGGAGUGCCAAGGUGGCUUUCUCUGCCAUCAGAAGCACCAACCACGAACCCUCUGAGAUGAGUAACAGAUCAAUGACUAUAUACUUUGACCAGAUAUUGGUCAAUAUUGGAAGCAAUUUCGAUUCAGAACGAAGCACAUUUAUUUCACCCAGAAAAGGAAUUUACAGCUUCAAUUUCCAUGUUGUGAAGGUGUAUAACCGGCAAACCAUUCAGGUGAGUUUGAUGUUGAACGGAUGGCCGGUAAUUUCUGCUUUUGCGGGUGAUCAGGACGUGACAAGAGAAGCAGCCAGCAACGGUGUUCUUAUUCAGAUGGAGAAAGGGGACAGAGCUUACCUAAAAUUAGACAAGGGUAACUUGAUGGGAGGAUGGAAGUUUUCCACAUUUUCUGGAUUUCUGGUAUUCCCCCUUUAAGAUGACUUUAUUCCAGGGCAGCAAAUGACAAGGAGAGGAGAUGAGUUGCUAUUACUCCAACUUAGCUACACUUAGAGACUCAGACGAGACAUUUUUCACUUUGAAAUAUAGAAGACCCUGCAUAUCUAAUUGUGUGUUCACCUGCUUUGGAAACUUUAUUAAUGUAACAGACAAGGAACUGGUGAGGUCAGCUGUCAUUCCAUUACAAAUAAGUCUUUUGUUCACAUCCUUCAAAAAUGAACUAUGUUCUGAUUAACUAUUACAUAAGUGUAUUUUUUUAAUGCUAUUUAUGUCAUUUGUAUUGUUAUUUUUCUCAUUUUGACAACCAGUAAGGAAUACUAUAAAAUAAUAUGCCUAUUGGCUUCUAGUGUCCCACAGUAUUAUAUAAAGAGGCAGAAUGUCAGAAGGAUGUAUUUCAAUAUUUCUCUGUACUUCUGAGUGAUUGUGGAAAUAAAGGCUGCUACAUGUCUGAUAGCUUGUUCUGCUCUUGUUAUAUGUGGCCCAAUAACAAGCGAUGAAAGUAUAUCCAACUCUCAGUAUUAUAUUCUGUACUAUAAGUGUGAAUGCUGGAAUGUCAUUUGCUUCAUGUCCCUAACCCUUAUUUAGGGUUCUUAUUUUUAUUUCAAAUUCAAACAAAAAAAUUGUAAAUGUGUAACCCAUAUUCUGAAGUCAUAUGCCAAAUGAAUUAUUCUGUGCAUAUUUGCAAAUAUGAUAAAAUAUUGUAAAAUAUUUUUUUUACACAAUAGAAUUUUUGGAUUUGUCUAUUUAUUUUCUGCAUUUCGUUAACAUAAUAUUUUUCAGUUUAAACUCCUAAUGUUGCAUGUUAAAUAAUAAUUUUAUCCGUAAAUACACGGUUCAAAAAUAAUAUACGUAAACAUUUUUUUUAUUAUUAUAAAAAAAAAAACACACUUAGCUAACAUGAUGGUGAAUACAAAUGCACAGAAAUAUUAUCUGUAUAUAAACAUUAUAUAUAAAAUAUAUAUAAAGCCUUUUUUUCUUUAUUCAGAUGUUAUCUGUAUGCAGCCGUCUGAUAUGUCACUGUUUAUAAUUUCAUACUAUUGUUUGUUUGCUAAUUUAUAAUUUUUAUUGUCAUUUCCAAAAAAAAAAUUAAAUACUAUAAUUUUGCAGCACU